CUUGACACUUUUAUUUUAUUUAUUUCUAUCUCCUGCCAAAUUAAAUAAAAUAAAAAAUAGAAAUGAGCUUUCCAUAUUCACUUCCAACGACUGGAUCUUUAUCAUUUGCAGAUUAUCUUGAAACAACUGCACCCUAUUCUUCUGAAAUCUCAGAUGCAACGGCUCAAAGAGGUCGUUUAAGAGCUGUAUUGAAAGAAUUAAAAAAAGAAAAUCAAUCAACUCGUGAUUACCAACUUCUUAUUAAUAUAAUAGAAGAAUAUUUACCCUACUUGAUAAGCAUUGUGAAUUGUAUUGAAACUAAAAAACUUCAAUUAAAGAAAAGCAUAGAAACCUCUUGGCGUUCUACCUUAAGUGACCAUCUCAUUCACACUGGAAGUAAUGCACCUCGUAUCUCUUGUAUCGAUAUUCAAUAUGAACUCAUCUUUGUUUUAAUGACGUACGCUUAUGCACUUUCUUUACAAGUGAAUAAUGAUCUAUCCAAGCAAGAACCCGCUACAAAUAAAAUGGCAGACAUGUUAAAUACAGCCGCUGGUGUCUUUCAGUUUGUUGCGAAUGAAGUGAUACCUACUUGGAAACAAUCACCUGACAAUCGACCUGUAGAAACAGUGCGUGAAUUUCCUGUCGCCCUUUCAAAAAUGGCUUUAGCAGAUGCACAAUCUAUCUCCAUCAAUAGAGCAUUAGCUACAAAUAAUGUAUCAAAAUCACUCAUUGCUAAAUUAUUUAUAGGUGUUGCAGGUCAAUAUGAAAUGGCUUGUAGUUUGAUAUCGACACUAAAUCAAGAUAUUUCAACUGAAUUGAAAAAAUAUUUGGCUGAUGGGACACUAUUUUAUAAAGCGUUAGCAAAGAAGUAUUUAGCUAUGGAUGCUAAUGAUAAUCAAAAAAUGGGUCAGGCUGUUGGAUUUGCAAGAGAAUGUAAAGCUGAAUUAAAUUUAAUUCAUCACUCAAGUUUAUCAAAACCUCAUAUACGUAAAUCUGCUAUCGCUGCUAGGGCAGCAAAAGAAAAAGAAGCCAUAUCUGAACUUGUCUCUAAAUAUACCAUGAUCAAUAAUACUGUAUCGUAUGAGCCUGUUCCUACUCGUCAAGAAUUACAAAAACUCAUACCUGGUGGAAGAGGCUUAUUAGAAUUGAAAAAUUUUGUUUUACCUGAUCCUAUCUUUGGUCCUUCAGUUCAACAAAAAAGUGAAAAAUCUUAUUUACUAGAAGGACGUUAUUUUUAAUAAACAUUAUCUUAAUUAAUAAAAAUACAUGUAAUAUUUAUUGAUAUUCAACAAUGGAAAAAAAAA